GAAUUGUAGGCAUCAAUUAAUCCACAAGACUUGUUGAAGUUGGAGAGGGAGAUGAGAGAGGACAGUCAGAAGUCUGCGCCGGUGGCGAAUCGGUCAGCCGAUUUUCUCUGUAUGUGGCCACAAGGGUUCAUUUACUUCAAGUAGUAUUUAAUGGAGUUGAGGAAUUUGGUUUGAUCAAGUGCAUUUUAGCAGCGUGUUUAUUCUUGCGGUGCAUUAUCAAUUCUUCAAAUAUUCCUUCAGAGUAUGCCGUUCAAUGAUUUCUUCACUGAGUAUGGCGAGGCAAAUCUGUAUGAAGUUCAGGAGGUUGUCGGCAAGGGGAGCUACGGCGUAGUGGCGGCUGCGGUGGACACUCAUACUGGGGAGAAGGUAGCCAUAAAAAAGAUAGCUGAUAUUUUCGAACAUGUGUCUGAAGCGACUCGGAUUCUUAGAGAAAUCAAGCUCCUAAGGUUGCUUAGGCACCCGGACAUUGUGGAAAUAAAGCACAUAAUGUUGCCUCCCUGUAGGAGAGAAUUCAAGGAUAUAUACGUCGUGUUUGAGCUGAUGGAGACGGAUUUGCAUCAUGUGAUCAGGACAAAUGAUGAUCUUAGCCCUGAUCAUCAUCAGUAUUUUCUGUAUCAGCUGCUUCGAGGGUUGAAGUACAUGCACUCAGGGAAUGUUUUCCACCGCGACUUGAAGCCCAAGAACAUACUCGCCAACGCUGACUGCAAGUUGAAGAUUUGCGAUUUUGGGCUGGCUCGUGCUGCGUUUGGCGAUGCUCCAUCGCCUGUGUUUUGGACUGACUAUGUGGCUACCCGGUGGUACCGUGCUCCUGAACUUUGCGGUUCUUUCUUCUCCAAAUAUACUCCUGCUAUUGAUAUAUGGAGCAUAGGGUGCAUAUUUGCAGAAAUGCUCAUCGGAAAACCGAUGUUUCCCGGGAAAAACGUCGUAAAUCAGUUGGAUCUCAUAACCGAUCUCCUCGGUUCCCCUUCUGAUGAAGCCAUUUCAAGGAUUCCGAACGAAAAGGCUCGAAGAUACUUGAGCUGUAUGAGAAAGAAGCCUGCUGUCUCUUUAUUACAAAAGUUCCCCGAUAUUGAUCCCCGGGCUCUUUGUCUCCUCCGACGUUUGAUUGCUUUUGAUCCUAAGGACCGCCCGUCUGCUGCAGAGGCUCUAGCAGAUCCAUAUUUUGACGGCGUGGCGAACGUGGAAGAAGAGCCAUUGGCCCAACCCAUUUCGAAAUUCAAUUUUGAGUUCGAAAGGAGAAAGUUAACCAAAGACGACGUGAGGGAGCUAAUUUACCGAGAGAUCUUGGAAUAUCAUCCGCGGAUGCUCCGGGAGUACCUCGGUGGCUCCGAUCAUAUUCACUUCAUGUAUCCAAGUGGGAUCGAGCGAUUCAAGCAACAAUUUGUCCACCUGGAGAAAGUCGACCGGAACCCAUUGCGAAGGCGCUAUGCCUCCUUGCCAAGGGAACGCGUCUGUUCUCCCAUAGACAGUGACGACAACAACAACAACAACAACUUGGACAUCGAGUGUAAGAACCGACGAAUGCCUCCCCUCCCACGCCCCCGGGCCCCCAGGAAUUCACCCGACAUCAAUGCCAAUGCAUCAAACGACAGUCAAAACGGAACGGUGCAAUCGAGCCUCGACGCCCGAGCACGAUGCCUGUUACGGAGCGCCAGCAUUUGUGCAUCGAGAUGUGUCGGGGUCGAGAGUAGCCGAUUACUAUGAGGUUCGAAACUCCAUAUCCAUUAUGUAAGUCCCAAUUAAUGAAAUCCAGCAAACAAUAAAAACAGAACCUCAAUAUUCAAGAUGAACUCAAUUACACACAGACAGUUUGUAAUCAGACCAGACAACGUAAGCACGCUGGAAGCUCUAAAUUCAAACACACAAAAUCAGUUGUUAAUCAGUUCGAUCAUCAAUAACCUACGUUCGGGGUUUCAGUCCAAGCUCAUUUCAACUCGUCAAGGAAUCAAUGGGCAGAAUAUGAAUGGAAGACAAGUGGGGCCCAGAUGGUGUCACCCAGCAACGGCGUGUCUCCGGACAGGAUUGACGACGAAGAUGAUUGCUUGCUUUAUUGCAAUUUGGUACACGACACACCGCACACAUUCUUUUUUGGAUAAUAAAAUAGUGUGCCCCUUUUCGAGCAAUUUUUCAUCUACUUCAUUUUCCUCCAAUUCAACACCUCGUAAUGGGACUCGUUUUGUUGCUGGUUAUA